GUUUAUUUCCCCGCAUCACACGAUCCGGUCAUAUAAAUACAGCGACGAUCCCCACCUCUUGCCAAACGUCAAAUCGUUUCAUUGCGUGCGGUCGUUUGUAUUCGCGUCGCCUCGCCAGUUCGUGUUGUUUCGUAAGCCAUUGCAGCUACUUUUCGGUUUAAAAUCAGUGACAGUAAAAUUAAAUAGUUUUGUGUUCAGUGGUAUUUAUACAAAUAAAUAACACAAGAAAAAUGUCUUUCAACACCGAUAUAUCUUCGAAAUUGGAGAACAGCAGGAAUAGCCUGCGCAAAAUUGCCCGGCAUGACAACACUGAGUUCUCAAAGCAGAGCAUCCUCAACGACAUGGAGAAAUUUGUAAAAAUGGUUAACACCAUGGACGAGACUGUGCUAGUUCCCAGCCGUCUAAUGAACCUACCUCAGGAGGGAGACGAUGACCCAUUCAGCCUAUUCGCUAUGUUGAAUGACUUGAAGACUGAGUUGCUGUGGGCGGGUGAUUCUGAGGAGCAUGUCGAAAGGGGCAGGCGAGUAUCUGACUUGAGUGAUACAGAGAGUGAUGCAUCCAGUGCUGCCGGUGACUCUGGUAUUGAAGGUGAAGAUGAACGUGAGUCAGCAGUGCGGGCUGCUGCUGCCUGCAGACGUCACCUCCGUGGACUCCGCCAUUCGCUACGUACGCUGACUGCUGCAGCCGCACACCUAACCAGAUCAUAUCAGGAAGAAGUGGGCGCUCCAGUCUAAGAUAAAACUUACAUUACCCUGUGAUCAAAGCCUGCCCCGCACGCGGUGUAAAUAUAGAAUAAGCAGCCCGCUCUGUACAUAUAGGUUAUUAGGGCUGAACGUGUAUGGGAAUCUCAGUAAGUUAACGUGGUUAUUAUUUAAUAAACUAAAUUUUC